AUGUGUUUCUUUAGAAUAAAUAUAUUUGAAUUAAAACUCUAGAAAUAAAACCUCUGUUCUUGUCUGAACGAUGAUUCAUUGAUUUCUUUCUGAUUCAAUGACAUUAUAAAUUGUUAUUUUGGUUGCUAAACUUUAAAUUUUGCGCCAGGAUAUCUAUAAUUAUUUCUCAAAUAUAAAUUUAUAGAACUUUCUCCAGAAACAUCUGAUGAUAAAAAUUCUCCAAAUUUCUUUCUUCCUUCAAGCCAAGAGACCUCACUUGCUUCAGCUUCUCUUUGAGAUAAGAAGAAAAACUUUGUUCAUAACAGAAAAACAAAGCUAAAGGAAGCCUUAGCUUUAUCUCAAAAGCGAAAAGUUAAAAAUUCCAGCAAGAGUAAACAAAGAAAAAGAUCAAACUCAAAGUUAAGACAUAAACUGAAAAUGAUGAAAGCAUAUGGCUUAAAAUUCUCCAAGAAGAUCAGCAUGAAGAAUAAAAUUGAUAUAAAAGAUAUCAUAUCAAAACUCCGCAUUCCUUCACCCUCGAUGAGGACCACUUUUGGACACAGCAAAAGAACAUCUUCAGAGCAGAAAGCAAAUGAUGGCAUUGGUGAAGAUGAAGUCACUGCGAAAAUUGGAAAUUUUAAAAGCAGACUCAAGGAGAUAACAAAGAUUUACAGUAUUAGUUUUAAGAACCUUCCAGAAGGAGGCUCUUUCAAUUUAAAGAGGAAAAGUAUUCGUCCAACCUCUAGUUUUACUCAAAUUUUGCCUUCACAAAGGGAAAAUGAUAAAAGACCAAUCAACUAUAUUGAGAGAAACAAAAGAAUUAUAGUGACUCCUCCUACAACUGACCUAAAGGGAUCAAUAAUCGAUGCAUUUUCCCCGAUUACUACAAAGAAUACUUUCCCAAAACCCAAAGAGCAGAAAAAUUAUUCCAAAAGAGUCUUAUUAAAAAACAGGAGUUGUGAAGACAUUCCAAAAGCUGUAGAAUAUAAAGAAAGGAGCAUACCAAAACUAAAUAAGCUGAAGGCUGUGGCACAAGCAAAAUACCCCUCGACAAAGAAGGUGCCAAAGAAACUUACUCGCAAGUCUGGUUCUCUCAGAGACAUCACCAAAGAAAUCUCCAAGGAUUUUGAAGAAAUAACUCAAAAUAUCAAAAAGAGAAGAACAUCAGUAGAAAAUGAGAGGGAAAACGAGCCUUCCCAGAAUGAGUGGAUGAGCACAAUUACAUCCACUACUAACUACAAACUCAAGAUAUCUAGCCAACUUCCUCAGAUGAGUGUCGAGGACGAGAAGCAGGCAAACAUUCUCAAGUUUAUUUUUAAGAAAAACUUUGAAACUGAUGCGCCUAAAAUGAAAUAAAGCUUCUACUCUCAAUGGAUACUAUGAAAAGCUAAAGAAAGAGCAAGAUAAGCAUAAAGAAUGGGAAUUAGAGCAAAGGAAAGAGAUGAGGAGAAAUAAAACAGAUGAUAUGAAUGCCAAAGCUUACAAAGAUACUAGAUCAAGUACCCCAAGAAGACCUAUAUCCAUCAUUUUGCCAAAGAAGCCUCAACUGUUCAAAAAGACCUUCACCAUUUUUGAAAAAGUAUUCGACAGAAAGCAUACAUAAAGAAAUUCAAUAACUCUUAGAUUCAAUU